UGGGAGCCGGGCUACCCGCGGAGGAGCCGGCGGCCGGGGCUCCCUGAAGCAGCGCCAGCCAGCAUGUCCCGUAAGAAGAGCCCCAAGGGCAAAGGCGGCAGCGCCGCGCCCUCCUCCGCCCUGCCCGCCGCCCAGCAACGCGCCGCCGCCGCCUCCUCCUCCUCCUCGUCGGGCGAGCCGGGCAGGGGCGCGGGCGCGGCCCAGGAGGGGGCGGCCAACGGGGGGGCGCUGCCCAGCCGGCCCUCCCUCAGCAGCAGCGGCGAGUUCCACGACGUCGUCUUCAAGGUGAUGCUAGUUGGCGACUCUGGAGUCGGGAAGACCUGUUUGCUGGUGCGCUUCAAGGAUGGCGCUUUCUUGGCUGGGAGUUUCAUCUCGACGGUGGGAAUCGAUUUCCGGAAUAAAGUCUUGAAUGUGGAUGGCAUCAAAGUUAAACUGCAGAUUUGGGACACCGCUGGCCAGGAGAGAUUCCGCAGUGUCACCCAUGCUUAUUACCGCGAUGCCCACGCUUUGCUGCUUCUCUAUGAUGUCACAAACCGAGCAUCCUUUGACACAUUCAGGUAAGCUUGGCUGACAGAAAUCCACGAAUAUGCAAAGCAAGACGUGGUCCUUAUGUUGCUGGGAAACAAGGUGGAUUCAACCCAAGACCGAGUGGUGAAAAGAGAAGAUGGGGAGAAAUUAGCAAAGGAAUACGGGGUGCCGUUUAUGGAGACCAGCGCCAAGAGCGGAUUGAAUGUGGACUUAGCGUUCAUGGCCAUCGCCAAGGAGCUGAAACACCGGUCCAUGAAGCUGCCCAAUGAGUCCCGGUUCAGACUGCACGACUACGUCCGAAAGGAGGUGAAAGGCACUGGCUGCUGCCGCUCAUAGACUCUCUCUCGGGGGUCCUGACCAGACCCCACCCCCCCUCAAGGAGACUUGCCACAAGCAGCCCAUCCUGCCUGCUGCAACCAUGUCUGCCCCUCUUGUUCUCCUCCUUCCUGCUGCACAAGCUCUACAACUCUCUUCCUUGUGUCUUCUUGUCUUUGUCCAGCUGAAACUCUGGAAGGAUAAAUGGAGGGGGGGUGGCCGCUUCCUUUCCUUCCCCGGGGGGCAGGCAGUUGGUUUCCCAAGAGAGAGCCGGGUUAGGAGCAGCAACGGACAAUCUGAAUGCAGACAGGGCCUUUGGAGGUGGGGGAGAGGUUUGUGCAGUCUCAUGUUCUGCACAAGUGCCCCCCAACGGGAGUGGGGCCACAGGGGAGCCUCCCCUAAGUCCUUGCCAGGGAGGGUCCAGUUGCCGUGGGUUGACUUAAUAUAGCGACUGUUUAUGUGGGACUUCAGCUCCUUUCAUCAUUACUGCCUCAACGAGUACCCAAACACGGGGAUUUCUUUAUUUUUUUAAACGAUCCAACUUAAAUGUUUGGUGUGCGCUGUUGCUCAGUUUUUCAAACACAUUUUUUUUUUCAAAGCACCCAAACUCAAUGAUUCUCCUUGGCUGUCAUUUGCUAGCCAUCCUGUCCACAGGGCAGAAUAAAAUGUUCCCUCUGCUCUAGCUUUGGUUGUUGUGCUGCAGCUCUGGCAAUUUCCCUGCACAAUGGGGUAUGCCUUUUUUUUGGGGGGGGGGGGGAGAAGAGUAGCACAAAGGGAGCAAACUUACAUGAUCAAGAUAAGUUGGGUCCUUCAUUUCCUUAAUGCUUCUCCAGUGGUUGAUCCCAAGGAUGGUUGAUCUCUUUCCAGGAAUUCUAUCCCCAUUGGGGGUAAAAAUGUGGCUCUCUGAUGGCCCUCUGCUUGGACAUUGGUCACCCACCCAAAGAAGGGAGAGGGACCCAGACCCCCAGUGGCAAGUGGGGAAAAUGCUUCUCCAGAUCAAGGCUAGCAAGGUAGUCCAGCAGGCUUAAUUCUUGGGUCCAGCUGGUGGGACAGAGAUGUAGCAGGCAGUUGUGGUGAUCAGUGGUUACAAUGCAGCAUUGCAGGAUGACUCUGCCCACCAGCAGUUCGAUCCUAGCCAGCUCAA